CUUCCUUCAACACGGGCUUAUUUAAUUUCUUAUAUCUUUUUCCCUUUUCUCUUCUUCUGGCCUUCAGCCUUCUUUGGCUUCUGUUUACCGUUCUUUACAAGUUCAAUCGCCGAUCUUUCAUGUCUCAAAAGGGAUUGUUGAUAAAAUCAUUGUGUCAUGUCUUCCUUCUCGUUUAAUAUUCAAAGAUUAUUUUUAACUAAUAUAUAAUCUUGGAAUUUAUUGCAGAAAGUGGUGUUGAAAUUGGAGCUACACGAUGACAAAGAAAAGAAGAAAGCCAUGAAGAAAGUAUCUGGCCUUUCAGGAGUAGAAUCAAUCUCCCUGGAUAUGAAGGACAAGAAAUUGACAGUAAUAGGGGAUGUUGAUCCAGUGCAUAUAGCGGGGAAGCUGAGAAAGCUCUGCCACACAGAAAUAGUUUCUGUAGGACCAGCAAAAGAGCCAGAAAAGAAGAAGGAAGAGCCCAAGAAAGAGGAGGCAAAGAAGGCAGAGCCCCAAAAAGAUCCAAAAGAGAAGGAGAAAGACCAAGUAGCUGAGCUCGUUAAGGCCUACAAGGCCUAUAAUCCUCACAUGACGACCUACUACUAUGUCAGAAGUGCAGAAGAAGAUCCUAAUGCCUGUGUCAUUUGCUAGAUACAUCUUUACAAGAACUGGCAGGAGAAAUAGUUGGAAGGAAAAAUGGAAAAGAAAAAUAAAAGAAAAUCAUGUCUUUGUUAAUUAAUCAUCUUAUAUUUGGAUCAUAUUAGAAUCUAUAUGACAGUACUUUAUGUACAGUAGAUGACGGUGGGUUUUUCGACUAUAAGUUUGUUGGUUUUCUUGUGCUUUUGAUGUAUCAAAUUUUUUGUAGCAUUAAAAUUUCAGUGGCAAAAUUUUGUCCCA